CCGAUAAAAGACACCCUUCUGAAAAGUUAACUCAUUUGUGUCACUCGCCUGGAGACGUGUGGCCCAGAGACGCCCUGACUUGGCGUACGGAACCUUUAAACUUGGAGGAAAAGGAACCACAACUGAACAUGUUCCUCUUGAUGUUUUUGGUUGCCUCUUCCUGUACAGUUGGUUUGAGUGGCUGGAGAGUCAAUUAUAAGGCAAAGUGGAUGUGCAUCCUGGAGGGAUCAACUGUGGAGAUUGGUUGUUCAUACACAACUUUACCAGAUGUUAUUAUUCACAAUGAAAUGUGGUUUUAUGGUCCUGACAAAGACCAGAGUGAUCAUAAAGAAGAAACCCUUGUAUAUCAUACACAAAAUAAGAACGUGUCCGUCACAUACAGAAACCGAGUUGAGUUCUUGGGGAACAAAAACACUGCUUGCUCUGUGAAGAUCAGCAAUGUAAGCCAAGAGGACAGCGGCUACUACAAGUUUAGAAUUGAGGGAACAAGUAGCUGGACUGGAGUGCCAGGAGUCCACUUGAUAGUCACAGGUGUAACAGUUGAAGCAACGGCAGAGAAGGUGAAAGAAAAUGAGUCGGUGACUCUGACUUGUAAAAUAAACUGCAGUCUCCCGGGUGUCCCAAUGUCUUGGUACAGAAAUGGACAACAAUUACAAGAAACCUCAGGGAGGCUGAAAAUUGAAAGAGCCUCCGAUGCCAGUUACUGGUGUCGGGUCAAUGACUUGGCCUCCCCAGAAUUUCUCCUGAAUGUCGAGUACACCCCCAGGAAUGUGGUCAUCGCAGGACAGGCCAAUAUGAGUAUAGAAGAAGGGACAUCAUUGACUUUAAACUGCACAGCCUUGGCAAACCCACCCAGCAGCUACAGCUGGCUCAAGGAGAACAGCAGCCAUGUAGGAUCAGGAGAACAGCUGCACAUCAGCAGUGUUAACACAAGUCAUGCUGGGUCUUAUUACUGUGAAGCCACCAACAUCCACGGGAUGACCAGGUCUGCAGCGGUCAACCUGACAGUAAACGUUAAGCAUCUAGAGGACAUGUCCCUGCAUUACGUCUUAUAUGCCUCACUGAUCAUUAUUGUUCUAGCAGGAUUCGCUUUGGCACUUUUCAUCUUCUCAAGAAAAAGAGCCAAGAAGACAAAUCAGCAAAACACAGCAAGCAAAAUGACUGAAGGCAUAGACAGUUGCGACGAUCACACCUAUGCAACUCUGGAUCGGAUUGAGAUUCCUUCAGAUUAUGAAAAAAUCCUGAAAAAGCAAUGAAGAAAAUGUCUGUGUAAUGAAUAAAUAUGCUGUUUAGAAAAUGUAAAUAUAAUGAAAUAACAAGAAAGAACAUUAAAUCAAAUUCACAGAUUCACUUAUUUCAAUUUAGGGUUGCAGGAGCCAAUCCCAGCAUUCACAAGGCAAGAAAGAUAAAUUUACCAAAAAAAUCUUCCUUUUGAAAUAAAGUUCAGACAGUCCAUCUUCAUUUAGUUCAGCUUAGAUCAGCAGGCUUUAUGAUGUUUUGUGUUUGCUAUCUCCAAAUGUAAAGUCAGCGGUGGCUGAUUUAUGUGACUUUAGAUUGUUAUGUCACUGGGUUUAUUCCGAGUUCGUAUUUAUUUUCUGUAUUUGUGAUGUUUUUGUCAACUUUAAAUUAUUAUUUUCCAUAUUUCUUGGUAAUUUCUGUUGGUUUGGUGUGUCAGUCUAUCCCUUGUGUCCUGUGGGUGGUGCCCUAGGAGGCGGGGCCACCCUGACAUCACCACUUCUGAGACCUCCCCUGCCUCUUUAAGGACCAGACACCAGGAUCUCAGGAUGCUGCACUGACUUCUGCUGGCGUCGAUUGUAAAUAUUGUUUGUUUCCUUUUGAAUUUCUGGUUUUUGUUCUUGUUUUUUUCUUUAUUUUUUGGAUUUUGGUUUUGGAUUACAUUUUCGGAUUAUUU